GUAAAGCCGCCGCAAAAGAAAACCCGCAAAAAAAUCUUGCGGACCCUAUCGCCAGUUCCGCCGCCGUCGAACUGCUCAGCCCGCCGCCGUCGAACUCUUCCACGCGCCUUCGUCUGUCUUCCCAGGAGCGCACGCCCAGCCUGGCGCACAACCUCCCGCCAUUCUCGUCGGCCUCGCGGCUACGGCCUCCGCCGCCCAAUCGCCGAGGCAUCCGUCUGCUUCCGCUACUGCUGUCCCCGAGGCCGUUCAUGGCGAUGGCGCUACCUCAGGUGGGGCUCCUGGACUGCUCCUCCGAGGGCCCGUCGUCGGCCAUGAGCCCCACCUCCAUUCUCGAGAUUAAGCAGUUCUACUGCUCCGCGCUUACUCCCGUUCCUGUCGGAGCUAAGUCUCAGGCGGUGCUGUCGAACCGGGACGCUCAGCUGGCGGUGCUGUUGCCCGCCAGGAGGUUCCUGCCGUAGGUGGUCAGCUCGCCGUCCACUUCCUCCAAGGUACAUAAAGGAUGAGCUGGAAACAAUUGGAGCAUUCCUUGGUGACGGAUUAAUUGAAGAUUUUCCGGAGAAAGACUCAAAAUAUAGAAUGGUGAAACCUUGGGCAGGGCAAGUGAAAGAUUUAGCUUAUGACAUUGAGGACUGUCUUGAGGAACGUAUCAUUGUCCUCACCCAAACAUCAAGUUUGUCGCAGAAGAUACUCAAUCAUAAAGCUCUCCAUCAAUUUGCGGCUAAGUUAGGUGAUCUCAAGUCAAGGAUUGUUGAGGUGAGCCAGAGAAAUAGGCGCUAUCAUCUUGACCCUCCCUAUGAAUCCACCUCAAGUAAUAUGACUAUUACAAUGGUGUUGGGCCAUAAAUCUCGCUUCUUGAAGGGUGCUACUCAAAAUGACAAAGGUGACCCGAGGAAAGCUUCCCGAGCAUCCGCAUCAUUACCCAGAGAAAUCCAAAAAAGAGCUCCCAAGGUGACUGCGAUAACAGGCAUGUGUGGAUCAGGCAAGACUACUUAUGCUCGCUCGAUAUAUGAUGAGAUAUGCAAUGAGAACAACAGCCAUUUUGAUUGCCAUGCAUGGAUUGAAAUACAGCAGGAUGUGGAUUACACAAAAGUGUUUAGGGAUAUGAUCAUGCAGCUCUUUCCUGUUCCUUCAAGUCAAACUGGAUAUGUUGGGGAAGAAGAGGUGCUAGCCCGUCGUAUUCAAGAUAAGCUAAAAGACAACCGGUUCCUGAUUGUAUUUGAUGGUUUAUGGACAAUGCGUGCAUGGGUUCGCAUAAAAAGGUCACUGCCUCGUAUUAGCAUAAGUGGAAGUCUGAUCAUUGUGACAACAGAGAUCCUUCAUGUUGCAGAGGGAUGCACAGAGACAGCUGGUGAUGUUUAUUACCUCUCACUAUUACAAGAACGGAAAUCAUUCGAGUUUCUGAAGGAUGUGGUUCUUAAGUCAGAAAACGGGAAGAUGAGUCAGGAAGACAGAGAAGACUUUCAAGAUCUGGACCUAGAAAGCCUUCCACGCGAUGAACCACCAUUCGACGCAAUUGCAAAAGCAGUGACAAAAUGCGGGGGCCUCAAAUUAGCCCUAUCAACUUUUGCACAGUUACUUGCCAUAAAUCCACCACAUCAAUGGGGAAAACUAUGUGAACAUCUUCCGUCAUUGCUCUACAAUGGUCAAAGGCUCUACAGAAUAAAGGAAGUGUUGAUUCGGAGCUACAAAAGUCUGCCACCUUAUCUUAAGCCAUGCUUCUUAUAUCUCAGUAUUUUCCCAGCGGAUGUGAACAUCAAUGUAGAAACCAUUAUGGGGCGAUGGGUGGCUCAAGGCCUUGUGAGGGAAAUAACUGGGAUGAGUGCCAGAUCUGUCGCAAAACUGUAUUUGUCUGAGCUCGUCGAUCGGAACUUGAUCAAGCCUUCUAAAUUAAGAAGGAACAGAUCAUACAAGACAUUCUGGAUGCAUCCAAUGAUGAGAGAUAUCCUGGUCAUGAUUGCACAAGAAGAGAAAUUCUCAAUUACAGUUGAUAAAAACAAAAAUUCUGUUGUGCCAGUAAAGAAGUUCCGCCACCUAGCUCUGAACGGUCAGAGUGACAAGAAGAUAGUUAAAUGGGUGGAUCUUUCAGGUAUCAGGUCGCUUACAGUGUUCGAGAAACCAUCUGAAUCCAUUGCUUCACUUAUUUGCUCCGCCCAAAUGAAGACACUGAGAGUUUUAGAUUUCUCAAAAGCCAGCCCCCCAAUCACCCAGCCGGACAUAAGGCACAUUGGUGAACUGUUCCAUUUAAGGUACUUGAAUCUUUACAAAUCAAGCAUUCGUGAGCUUCCUUCUUGGAUUGGUAUGUUGCCAUUCCUCCAAUUUCUUAACUUGAAGAAGACGCAGAUCACAAGCCUUCCUAGCGAGAUCACUCGACUUGAGAGGCUGCAGAUUCUUCGUGCUAGCAGCUGCUCAUGUAAUCCAUCAGAAGGUGUACUGAUACCAAAGGGUAUGGAGAACCUAGCAGACAUAGAAUGGUUGGAUAUAGUGGACGUUAAGGGAAGCACCUACUCAGCAACCAAAGCUCUGUGGAAGCUAACUCGGUUGAAGCACCUUGGACUGACAGGCCUUACAAAGAGGAACAGCCAAGAAGUUUCUGAAAUCCUGACAAAGCUUUCCCCUUCACUGAUGUACCUGUAUCUUGGAGCACAUCGAAGGAAUGGGACACUCGAGUAUCUUCCCACGAAGAUAGCAUCACUGCAGCUCCCACGCCUGGAAACCAUAAAACUGGACGGUCAUAUCGGAAAGAUGCCUGAAUGGAUUUCUCAUUCGCUGACACUUUCCGUGGUAAAACUGUACAGGACCAAUCUGCAGCAAGAUGAUGUAGAUGGCCUGGACAGAAUACGCAGCCUGACUGCCCUGUCUCUCCUGGACAGUGCUUACAUCGGCCAGCAGUUGUUUUUCUACGCAGGAAGCUUUGCAGCGCUCAAAAGGCUGGAUCUUGUAGGAUUACCCAAUCUGCAGGUAGCGAAGUUCAGGGGGACAGCAGUACGCCGGAUUCGGGAACUGACCAUCAAGUCAUGCACCUUGAGUUUAUUCAUCAGAAAGGACCUACGGAAAAGACUCUGGGUUUUGGACACUGAUGAUAGUAGUGUCAAAGUGGAAGAGACUGAGUAAAAGAUUUGGUCCGUCACAAUGAAGGUCCUGAACACCUCUCGCCAGGAGCCAUUUCACGACGAAGCAAACUAUUGUGCAAGAUGAAAACUUACAACAUCUGGAGAGCGUUGGAGCGUGACGGCCGGCAAAGCUGCAUGCCUAUAAUCUACAACUACGCACAAAGCCCAUCCCCUAAUCCUCCAUCGGAGACUUCCCUGUGACAAUUUUCGCUGCUGCAUUAAACAUUUUCUCACCAUUGAUCUCACUGUGAAAAAUAAAAAAAUAAAUUAAUCUCGGUUUCUAUCAUCCCACCUUUUCUGUACUGGUCCAACAAUUUUGGUACAUUUUUUAGCUACCUCUUUAUGUAUUAACCAUUGAUUUUAACAUGAUGAAGGACCUUUAUUUGUUCCAA